AUGGAGGAAAGCAUCUACAACUUGAUCCCGCGGGAGGAAGUGGCGCCGCCAAAGCAAAAGCGCUAUGUUUCACAGCAUGCCAACAAGGCGCGGCAGGAGUACAAGUCAAAGAAGGAGGCUGGGCGGACCAUGGGCCCGCCGGCAGUCCAGGCAGGCGACACAUCGAGGUUCUUGAAGCGCGGCGAGGGCAAGGGCGGUGGCCGCGUGCAGCGUGCGGCACCGCAGAAGCGCGAACAGGCAAAGAAGCCAAAACCGCGCGUGCCAAAGGCGACGGAGAAGCCGCCCAUGGGCCUCCGCACCAAGAAGGACUUUAUCAAGGAUAACGCUGUCAAGACCAUGACCACACAGCCGCCAAGGACAAAGCCAAUGAUGCUGGAUACGGCGGCAGGCAAAGGGCAGAAGAUGGACUUGGAGGAGAGCGGGCUGGUGCCAAAGUACACGAAGAAGAAGACGUUUGGCAAGACACCUGCAUAUUUGACCAAGCGCAGGGAAGAGGAGGAUCGUGCGCAAGCAGAAUACGAGGAGUAUGUCCGCGCCAUGCAACAGCAAGGCGCAUACUAUGAGGUCUCACAGCAAGAGCGCGACGAGCUGCUGCACGGGCUGAAGACCAACUGGGAACAGCUGCAUAAGGAGUAUCAGGGCCUGUCUGUGAUUGCGGACACGGCGCCAAAGCGCCAGCGCCGCAACGACAUGGAGGCGCGCCUUGCGCAGCUUGAGGCCGACAUUGCCAAGAUUGAACGCCACUCCACCAUCCUCGUCGCACAGUAG